GGGAAUCUUGUACCAAUGAGAUACAAAUACUCCAGCAUCAAGAAAAUGACCAAUUCAUUUAGUGAAAAAUUAGGAAGAGGAGGAUUUGGCAGUGUUUAUAAAGGACAAUUUCCUGACGGUCAUCUUGUGGCAGUGAAAGUCUUGAAUGAAUCAAAUGAAGACGGGGAAGAUUUCAUGAAUGAGGUCGCUAGCAUUAGCAGAACAUCCCAUGUUAAUAUUGUUGCGCUGUUGGGGUUUUGUUUUGAAGGUUCGAAAAGAGCUCUCAUUUAUGACUUCAUGCCUAAUGGUUCUCUUGAAAAGUUCAUUGGCAACAAUGCUUCCACAUCUCAAGAGUCUACGUUGGGAUGGGAUAAAUUGUUUGAGAUCACUCUUGGGAUAGCUCGAGGGCUCGAGUACUUGCAUCAAGGCUGUAAUACAAGGAUUUUGCAUUUGGACAUCAAGCCUCAAAACAUACUUCUGGAUAAGGACAUGAACCCAAGGAUUUCAGAUUUUGGGCUUGCUAAAAUGUGUCCAAAUAGGUCGAGUAUAGUCUCCAUGUUUGUGGCAAGAGGGACAAUUGGGUACAUUGCCCCUGAAGUGUUUUCGAGAAACUUUGGAGAUGUCUCGUAUAAAUCUGAUGUGUAUAGUUACGGAAUGUUGGUUUUGGAAAUGGCUGGAGGAAAGAAGGCCAUUGAUCCAAGAGAAGUCGAACAUACAAGCGAAAUAUAUUUCCCAAAUUAUUUCUACAAGGAAGUUGAGGGCAAUGCAGAAAGAGAUGGAAAUAUUUUCGAAGCAAUGAAUGAAGAAGAUGAAAGCCAACCUGUGAAGAGAAACAUGAUCAUUGUUGGGUUGUGGUGCAUUCAGACAAACCCUAAAGACCGACCGUCGAUGACAAGGGUUGUAGAGAUGUUGGAAGGGAAGCUUGGAUCAUUGGAGGUUCCACCUAAACCUUACCUUCAACCAUCCCCAAGACCAGCCCCAGCCUAUUCAACUUCUGAAUCUUUAUAGUAGUUUGCUCUUGAAUUUGUAUGGUAAUUAUGUGAAAUUAUAAUGUAGCAAUAU